AAGUUUCGCUUUCCCCUGAAAAGCUGCGAGAGGCAAGGAACUAGGCUCAAGGGCGGCUCGCCCAGGAGUCCUUGGGAUGGGAGGACUACUAAGUUUCCUUUACAACUGGGGGACUAAGGCCCCUGCCAUCCUCAGUCCCAAAGAUGCCUUAGAAAAGAUACUCCAGCAGCUGGACUGCCAUUUCACUUGGGUUUUGCUGAAGGAGGACAUUGAUCCUGAUGAACUAGAGGAGAGAAUUCUUGAACAGAUUGAGUUGUUACACUCUAAAUCCAAAGCCCAAAAUUAUCACCUGCUGGCCUAUGUGAAAUAUCUGAAUGGCAAGAAGGAGGAAGCUCUGGAAAACUUACAAAAAGCUGAAGAGGCUGUCAAAAUAGAGUACCCUGGAGACACCGAAAAGCAAAGCCUUGUUACUUGGGGUAACUAUGCUUGGCUGUAUUACCACAUGGACAAACUGACAGAAGCACAAGUCUACAUUGACAAGAUAGAAAGGCUCUGCAAGCAACAUGGAAGUGCUUUACCUUAUAAGAUGAAACUCCCCCAGAUCUUCUGUGAAAAAGGAUGGGCCCUUCUCAAAUUUGGGGGAAAAUACUAUGAAAAGGCCAAGGAAAGCUUUGCGAAGGCCUUGGAAGAAGAACCAGACAACCCAGAAUUUAAUGCUGGCUAUUCAGUCACUGUAUACCGCCUGGAAGAUUAUUAUGGGAGAAAAUCAGCAGCGGAAGGGUCAUCUCUGGAACCCUUGAGGCGGGCAGUCCAGCUGAAUCCAGAGGAUCCCUUUGUGAUGUCCCUUCUGGCAAUAAAGCUGCAGGAAACUAAUAAAAUUCAUGAAGGGGAAAAGUACAUUGAAAAGGCCCUUGCAAAAUACCCUGGCAUUCCUUAUGUGCUGAGGUAUGCUGCCAAAUUUUAUAGGAAAAAAGGCGAUGUGCAAAUAGCCCUGAAAUAUUUGACAGAGGCAUUGAGGCUGACACCAAACUCCAGCUUCUUACAUCAUCAGAUAGGGAUUUGCUACAGAACACAGUACUUUGGUAUGAAAAAGAAAAUGGUUAAAAACCGUAUCCUAACAAAUGUGAAAGAAAUGAUCAGAGCAUUGGGCCUUUGCAUUUUCCACUUUGAAAAGGUGGUAAAGCACAAACCCAAAUUUGUCUAUGCUUAUGUGGACCUUGCAAACAUGUACAUAGAACAGGCCCAGCUUCGAAGAGCAGAGGCAAUGUUUCAGAAAGUACUUGCAAUGAGCAACCUGACUUGUGUAGAAAAACAGCAGCUGCACUUCAAUUAUGGGCGCUUUCAGGAAUUCCACAAAAAAUCAGAAUCUGAGGCAAUGAAGCAUUACCUGGAAGGGCUGAAAAUUGAACAUAAAUCAUUUGAGAGAAACAAGUGCAAACGUCACCUGAAUAAAUUGAUAGAUAAGAGAAUAAAAAAAGGCCUAGGAGAUGCUCAGUGUUUGGGCAGCCUUGGAUUCAUUGCUCAACUCUAUGGGCAGAAGCAGCUUGCAGUUCAGUGCUAUGAACGAGCCCUUAAAUGGGAUCCUCAAAAUGAAGAAUACCUCAGUGCCCUCUUGAAGAUAAGACUUUCUUUACAAAGCUAAACAUUCCCAUGUUUCUGUCUUUCAGCUUCCUAAUUUUAUUUUAAAAAUACAACAAACAUUAACAAUACUCUGGUUCCUCUGCCACUACAUUAUACACUACAUGCAAGUGUUCUAUUUUAAAGCAGUGGUUCCCAAACUUUGGUACUCCAGCUGUUUUGGACUUCAAUUCCCAGAAGCCCCAGCCAGCUUGGCCAACAGUAUUGCUAUGUCUUUUAGUUAUGUUGUAUAACUGCAUGUCGCUCAGUCCUGACAACAAUCUGCUCGAAACAUCUUUGGUUAUUGAAUAAAAUUUUCCAGUUUAAUCUUG